ACGGGAAGUGACGGGCGUGUCCCGGAAGUGCGGGGGCGCGCGGGCGACUGGGCGGAUCCCGGCGGCGUUGUCAGCGGAGAGCGGCGGGGCCGAGCAACUUGUGUGAGGAUGGCAGAGCAGGAGCCAACCCCGGAGCAGCUGGCCCAGAUCGCGGCGGAGAAUGAGGAGGACGAGCACUCUGUCAACUACAAGCCACCUGCCCAGAAGAGCAUCCAGGAGAUCCAGGAGCUGGACAAGGAUGAUGAGAGCCUGCGCAAAUACAAGGAGGCUCUGCUGGGUGCUGUCACUGUCACUGCAGAUCCCAAUGCCCCCAACGUGGUGGUGACCAAACUGACCUUGGUCUGUGCCAGUGCUCCUGGCCCACUGGAGCUGGACUUGACAGGAGACCUGGAGAGCUUCAAGAAGCAAGCAUUUGUGCUGAAGGAGGGUGUGGAAUACCGGAUAAAAGUUUCCUUUAGGGUCAACAGGGAGAUUGUGUCGGGGCUGAAGUACAUCCAACACACGUUCCGGAAAGGUGUCAAAAUUGACAAGACCGAGUACAUGGUGGGGAGCUAUGGCCCCCGGGCAGAGGAGUACGAGUUCCUGACCCCCAUGGAGGAAGCCCCAAAGGGCAUGCUGGCCCGGGGCAGCUACAACAUCAAAUCCAAGUUCACAGAUGAUGACAAGACUGACCACCUGUCCUGGGAGUGGAACCUGACCAUUAAGAAGGAUUGGAAGGACUAGCCCUUCCCACAGCCAAACCCCAGAGAGCGUGAAUCAGACAGUGGCUACCGUAGAAACCCCCCUGUACCAAAGUGCUGACAUUGGAACCCUUCUACCUGUCGCCCCCCAUUAUCAUUUGACCAGAGCUCGGGUUUGUAACGUGCCCCCUCCCCAGCGCAUCGCCCAGACUGCGCUGUCUGCACCUGCCCUCCAGCUCCCUGUGCUGAGGGGGAGCGCCCGCUCCCUGACAGGCCCCGUGGCUGUGCUGGGGGGCUCCUGCCCACGGUUUCCUGCUCUGUGUGCAGCCUGGGGCUGCUGAAGAACCCCAGUGACAGGCAGCUCCUGACCUGUUGGCUAAAAUCCCGUCCAGCCCUUCCAUCAGUGUCCUGGGAAUGCCGGCAGCUUCAUUUGUGGAUGUUCCCUGUAACCAUGAUGCCUUAAUGUGUAACACGAAUCCUCUGGGGAGGGGGCCCUGCCCUUGUUACACUUUUUAAACACUGCCCACCCCCAUUUGUUGGCAUGGCACCCCCUUGGUCACACCCCUCAUGGGUUAUUAGGAAAGAUUCACAACUUCCCGCUUUGCUGCUGGUCCAUUCUCCACCUGAGACGGAGCAUCUCCGGGGGGGAGGGUGAUGUGACACUUGGGGUGACACCUGGCAGCCUCAGGGCAGGGGGCUGCAGGGUCACAGUGUCACCUCACACUCCUGGCUGCAGUCCAGGCGGCUGCAGAGCACUGAAUCCCUGGAGCAGCCCCUGCCCUCCUGCUGCUCAGGUUGAGGUCAGACGGAGCUGUUCCUGGAGCUGCUGCUGGCAUGAACAAAGAGCUGGUGCUGGGUGAGCGCUCGGAAGCAAGCGGUUAAUGCCUUAUGUCUCUGUUCUGCCUUGACACCCCGUGCCUGGCCUGUCAGUAUUUAUUGCCUUGACACUCGCCCCGUGGCCGGCCCGCAGCACGCCAGCCUGCCCCAUGGCCACAGUGCCCCUGGCACACCCGGGGCUGAGCCGGCACCUCCAGCUUCUCCUGUUUGGAUCCCACUGGGGUGAGGUCGCACUAGAACCGGGACCAAGUACAUGUGGCUUUCUCAUAGCUGCGUCUCUGCCUCUAACCCCGCCCCCCACCCCUAGAGGGUUUUGGUUUUUUUGUUAAUUGGAUUUGGUGAAUUAUUGUCUGUAAAUCCUAGACCCGGGUUAACAGGUUUGGAAUCAUCGUCUGCUUCUCCUUUUAUGACAGUAAAUAAAAUCUUUGAACUGAC